AUGUCUUCAGCACUGAUCCGUACGACGAUUCAAGGUUGCAUACUUGCGGGAGUUAGCAACCUGACGGCUCAGUUGAUAUCUUCUUAUAAGAGUGGCUUACCGUAUACGAUCGACUGGACCCCCAUUCUCCAGUUCAUGUUCUUCAACCUACUGAACACUCCGCCAAACUUCCUAUGGCAACAAUUCCUCGAAUCCGCCUUCCCAUCGACCUACACAACCCCCACCCCAUCCGCGAUAGCAGCGGCAGCCACAAACGACGAUAAGGAACUCGACCGAGAAGAGAAGAAACACGAGAUCCUCGAGACCAAGCUGUCGGUACCGAACACCCUCAUCAAAUUCAUGCUCGACCAAACAAUUGGCGCGGCAGUCAACACGCUGUUGUUUUCCGCCGCAAUCGCGGGCUUCAAAGGCGCAACUUAUCAACAAGCGGUGUGGACUGCGCGACAGGACUUCUGGGGCUUGAUGAGUGCAGGCUGGAAGCUUUGGCCGGCGAUCAGUGCGCUGAAUUUUGCGGUUGUGAGGAGUGUGGAGAUGAGGCAGUUGUUGGGGAGUUUGGCUGGGUUUGGGUGGAAUAUUUAUUUGAGCUUGUCUACGGCAUGA